AUGUCAAGAUUAAAUUCAAGAACUGUUAUCAAAACCAACCCAUUGAGAACAACCCCGAGGAUCGGAAACUUCAAUUGGAUUAGAAACUUUUCCCAGGGCUCGUUGAGAAUAGGGGAUUUAACAGAUGGAAAGAUUAGGGAGAUCACGCGGAAGGUUGAUAAAGAGAGAUUGUGGAAAGAAUUGCAUUAUACGUGUCAAUGGGGGCGGGGGGAGAAAUGGGGAACGUAUGUCUGGCUAUUUUUCAUUGAAGGGGAAACCGAUCGAGGAAUGUCCCGACUUGCGCUCUCUUCCGCCGACAAACAAGCGCGAAAUUGGUUCGUCGAAGCAACUAAACAGCUUGGCUGUGAUGUGAAGAUUGACACUAUGGGUAACAUUUUUGCAAUUCGGCCCGGAAGGAAGGAUGGACCAGCUACCUAUGCGGGGAGCCAUUUAGAUACACAGCCGACGGGAGGAAGAUACGAUGGAAUAUUGGGUGUUCAUGCAGGUAUUGAAGCGUUGAGGACAAUGAAUGAUUUGGAUAUUGAAACAGAAUAUCCUACGGGAGUUAUUAAUUGGACAAACGAAGAGGGAGCGCGCUUCCCCAUAUCCAUGAUAUCCUCCGGCGUGUGGGCUCACGACAUUCCCCUCUCAGUGGCUCAUGAUUUGUGCGAAGUAAAUGGGCCGGCGACCAUGGGAUCAGAAUUAGAAAGAAUAGGAUAUUUCGGUGCAACUCCCACUUCAUACCUGGAUAAUCCAAUCGGUGCACAUUUCGAACUACACAUUGAACAAGGUCCAAUUCUCGAGAUGAGUAAAACGAAGAUUGGAGCUGUGACGGGUGUGCAGGCUUACAGGUGGUAUACUAUUACAGUGAGGGGAAGAGAUUGUCAUACUGGUACAACGGAUUUCGAGAAUCGUUCAGAUGCUAUGCUUACAGCUGCAAAAAUUAUUCUUCAUAGCCACAACAAGGCAGCUGAAAUGGGUUGUCUAGCAUCCACAGGUAUUGAAGCCUUUCCCCCAAGACAAACUGCGAUACUUUGCUUACCUAUGCUAGGUAUUCUCACCCUCAAGCCUGGCUCUACUAAUACUGUUCCGGGAUUCGUACAGUUUUCACUUGAUAUCAGGUCUCCGGAGGAUCAAAGGCUUCUGAACUGCGAGAAAGAACUAAAAAGAGAUUUUGAGUUGAUUGCUGCUGGAGAGCAGAUGCCAACUCUUGGGGCUAGUGGAAAGAGAGGUAAAGGCUGUUUGGUGGAAUGGAAAAUGGAUACAGAUUCUCCGGCUACUCAUUUCAACAAAGAUUGUAUUCGAUGCGUAGAAGAGAGUGCUGGAGAUUUGGCUGGAACAGCUUCUGGUGUCGGAGAUCAAACAGAAGUCGUCUCCGAAAGCUAUAGGAGAAUGGUAUCAGGCGCUGGACAUGAUAGUGUUUAUACUUCGAGACAUGCUCCAACCUCAAUGAUCUUUGUGCCUUGUAAAGACGGCGUUAGUCAUAAUCCAGCCGAGUAUUGCAGUCCAGAAGACUGUGGGAAUGGUGCACAAGUCUUGCUUGGAGCGAUGUUGAGAUAUGACCGACUGAGAGCUUUGAAGGAAGCCUGA